AAUUAGUAGCGUACAGUUGUGAAUUGUAGUUGACCAGAACAUUUUAUAUGAGUUAAAAACGCAGAAAUAAGGAUAUUGUGAAUUAAAAAGAUCGAAAAUGGAUUUACAGGGAACGAUACGUUAUGAACCGAUAUUGAUUUAUCAAGUUCCAUUUUGCCCGCCUUUCUGGACUACCGAAACCAACUUUACUGGGCCUAUUCCCUCAUCAAAAACGCUAUGGAGUCAUCUUCCUCAAUCGUGUCAGAUGUCGAACGCAAUCGCAGCAGGGGUGGCGUCUUUUAUAGCAGUUUUCUGUGUUUUUAUCCACGUUGCUACGCUCGUGGCUUAUUCCAGUUUACAACACAAUAUUAUUGAACGUGAAUUGAGGUCUACGGACGACAAAAAGAACGGAAUUCGUAGGAGAACUGAUUUCAGUGCCAUCAAAGAAGCAGCAGAUUACGCGUUCGCCAUGAAGACUCAAGCACGUCUUCGGAAGACGUUUGCUGUUUCCGGAUUACUAUCAGGUGGAUUAUUACUUCCGAUUGUCGUAGCAUCCACUGCUGCUGCUUACUCACGACCAUUUCCGCAUUCAGUUUUUCACGAGACUUUGGAUUCCCUGCGCAGUUACAGUGUCACUAUAUCUGUGUUGUUUCAUUUAACCCUAACAUCGUCGUUGUGUACACUCUUGUUGAUGGUUGUCGAAAGACUGCGUGAAACCCUCCGAAUGUGUCCCGAUCACUUUUUUAAAUCUCCGGCACAAGAUACCUCGUCUUUGAAGAAGAAACAUGCAAACGACAUGACAGAUUCUGCCGUUUCGUCCCGGAAGAACACUGGAUCGAGUCGAAGGAGUGAGAAAUGGAAAAGAAACUCGGACAUAUUCAACUUCAACGAAAAACUCAAAAUCGAGGAGACAGUUUUGUACGCUUUUAAACAAUCGUACACUGCAAUCGACCUGGUCAUGACCCUCUUUGUUCCUGCCCUCACAGGCAUAGUGACAACCCUAGCAGUUGCAGUUUUUGAGGCACACUUUGAGCUGUUCGGAUUAGUUGUUAAUGGUUCGCCCCAAUCUGAUAGAAUGCCCUCAAUUAAUGGCCUCAUAUCUUAUAAAUACGGUUCUUAUCCGGACUCUGUUUAUACAUAUUCUGCCACAAUCGGAAUUAUACUUGUUGCGAUAAUAUUUGCAAACUUUGUCUCUGUUCUACGAUGCUAUACACUCAUGAGCAUUGCCAGAUACCUUCCUGGAUUUCAUCACACCCGAGAUUUAUUUAAAUUCAACGAACAGAAAAAGAAUGGAAACAGUCGCAAUAACAGACCUAGAGCCUUUUCUAGGAUUAUUUCUCCGGAUUCAGUUCGUCUAGCAAGAAAAAAAAGUUGGAGCAAGGGGCAAAAUCGCCAAGACCCUGACGGUCUUUCGAUUGAUUCAAAGGAUGAAACAUUUUUAGAGGAUUCGUUAUCGAGUUUACCUCUACCUCCUCUCCCAGAUCCUUCAAGGCAUUCUGUAAUGAGCAUGGAUAAUUUAUCACUUCCACCACCGCCACGACCAGAAUCCAUGGCAGAUAUACCAGAACGGAGUUUGGAUAUUGCUUUCCCAUCCCUUCCUUCAAUAGCACGCAGAGAAGAACGAAUUGAGAUCGAAGAACCCCCUGCGAAAGAUCUGGCAACAGUGAAAGCUGAAGCCUUCUUUGGCAACGUAAGGCAGUCAAAGGUUGUUACAACUACAUUUUUGUUGUUCAUUUUGCUAUCUUUGCCAUUACUUGUAUUAUUUGCUUCGGGUGUAUUUUAUCCUCACGAUAGUCGUUUGUUUAGCGUUAUGGGAGGACCGAUAAACUACACUAACAUCACAUCGAAAAUGGCAGAUCCAAUUAGAGCUGUUCCUCAAAUUAAGGAGGAAAUAGAGUCCAGCGUGUACGUCGAACCAACGCCGCCGGAUAAUCAUAAGUAUACUGAGCCAGUUCUCAUAACUGCAGUUGUGGACAAUGGUAGAGACGAGAAAGCCUUCAAGCAAAUGCAAAAUUCUGCAACUCAGAAAAACUGGGUUACCACAUUAGCUGCCGUUUUUUUGAUACUAUUUGCUUUAUCCAACGUUGCACCGUUUUUCGCAUAUUGCGCGGCAUCAAGAAAGUUUCGAUGUGAAGUGAAAAGAUUUUUUUGUUUCUGUUUAUGCUUCCGAUGGAAUCGCUACGGAAAACACAACAAGAAACUCAGCGACGAGGACAUAGUACGCUCACGAACUAAUCGAACAUUGACCACCAACAACUCUAUGCGGGUAUCGUCUCGUGGUCCACGGGAUAGGUCAAGUUUACCUCGGGAUAGUAUGCGACAUUCUUUCAAAUAUUAUAAUCGGGGGUAUAAUCGACCUCCUUUAAGAAGAGAAAAGACUUUUGCUGCUCCACGAAAUGUGUCAUGGGAGAUGCCAGAUUUUGGCACCGCCAGGCUGUAAACGUUUUCAAAUAACAGGAUUGAAGUUAUUUUAAAAGACCAAUGGCUGACAUACAAUCGGUGUCUGACUGAAAAGGAAAGAUUAUGAUGAGUGAUAUAUUUACAGUUGGCUGUAAACUAUUUGAUACGUUCCCGUCCCGGAUGUGCCAUGCUAAGACUGACUUGCGCCGGUAGGCCAGUUGCACAUAAGCGUUUACGUUAUUACGAUCGACAUAAGAAAUGCAGAUGAAACAUUUUGGGUAUAUUUAUUUUGGAAAUUCGACCACCUUAUAUAUUUUAUAUAUAGAUAAUUAUUUAUAUAUAUAUAUUGUAAUGUUACUUCGGUAGGUCUAUACACGAAUGUUCUCUGUAAUUUGGAACAUUUCUAUUUAAGCCUACUUCCUGAGAUUUGUAUUCUAAGUAAUGUUUUUAUCGUUUUAGUAAUUAAAUAUCAGUAUUUAGCUUGCAAGCUUAUUUUGUAUUGUAUUUAGUCAUGUUUUCACAUGAAAUUAACUGAUACUUGGUCAUUAUUUGUGAUGAGAAAGACUGAUUAUAUAUUUGAAUGCAUAAUGAAUGAAAACCCAUGCUUGUGAACUGUGCAUAAUAACUUCACCUUAAUCAAAAAAAGAGUUGUUGUCUGAAAUUUUUCCAGAUUUUUUGCUUACACUUUGUAUAUUGUAUAUUAACAGAAAAUAUUGAUAUAAAUAUGUGAAGCUCAAAAAUUUUGAUAGUAAUAAGAUAUAGAAAAAUGAUGAAAUAUGUUUCAAUAUAAUAUAUAUAUAUACUUUCUUGAUGCAAUCAUAUAUUUUAGUAUUUCACGAUUUCAUUAAGUCGAAAAAGACAAAAAGUAAGUGCACGAUUUUAUCUGGUCGUCGUGAAAUAGUACUUAAACGAUAGCAGAAAGGCACUUUUAGUUUCUAAUCAAUUCAUUUACUGUUCUUGGAAAUGUAUUUUAAAGAAGGUUAUUGAUGCCGCUGUACACAAUUAUAUGUCAUGAGCAAAACUACACUCGUUUUCUUAAUGGUACAUAUUUAGCGUAGAUCAUGGCACUUGGUAUGGAAAACUGACGAACAACAGAUCAAUAUGAUAAUUGACCUGCAAACUGGACAUGGAUUCAAUAUUGUACUGGUACAAAAUUUUAAUGACGUAAUUGUUUUAAAUAUAAAUAAAUUGGUGAAAGAUCGAAACAUCUUGGCUGUUUUGUAUUAUUUCAUACAGUAGUUGAAAUUCAUUUUCAUUCAAGUAAAAGUAUAAGUAGACUUCAAAAUAAAUUCACUAAGAAUAGUCCAUUAGCAUGCACGUGAUCUUUUAUGCGCUACCCGCGUAAUUAAGCCAGGACUGCUACAUCAGGGCAUUGGACACCAGUUUAUCUUAUUUGAUAAAACAUUGAAAACUGAGUAUGCGCCAUAUAUGCGCUUCAUUGUAAAAAUGAAGGACUUAUCCCUCGCUUAUUCGUGUUAAAGCUUAAUUUUCUAAUUAUUUUCUCUUAAUUUUCUUCUUAUCCAUAACGAGACAAAUGUCAA